AUGGCACCUGCCAAAAGAACCGCAGAAGAUUUAAAAGUGGCAAGAUUCAUUAAAAAACACAAAAAACAAGUCACUAAUCCAGUUGAAGAUGGUGUCUCGAGCUGUAUAGUGCGUGUGCCAAUUUCUCUAUAUGUGUCAUUAGCUCCUAUGUAUUUGCAAAACCCAUUACAAGGUAUAAUGAAACAGCACUUGAAUUCAAUGGUCAUGAAAUAUAACAAUACAGUCGGUGGUGUUAUUCUGGGUUACGAAAAUCUUAAGAUGUCAAAUGAAGAUCCUCUAAAUGAAGAUGGCAAAGAAGAUGAAAAAUUGGUUAAAAUAAGUAAUGAUACCCCAUUUGGCUUUACCUGGUGUCAGGUGGACCUGUUUGUAUGGCAACCACAAGUAGACGACGUUCUUGAAGGUUAUAUCUUUAUCCAGUCAGCUUCUCACAUUGGUUUAUUAAUUCAUGACGUCUUCAAUGCAAGCAUUAAGAAAAAUAAUAUUCCAUUUGACUGGACUUUUGUACAAAAUGAAGAAACAUCAGAAGAUGUGGAAAACGAGGAAGCCGAUGCAGAUGAAACUAGGGCUUCAACAACCGGUAGAUCUCAUUCUAUGGGACACUGGGUCGAUAGUAACGGUGAAAGAAUCGAUGGUAAGUUAAAGUUUACUGUAAGGAGUGUUUUUACUACCGGCAGACUUGUUUCUAUUGAAGGUACUCUACUGGAAAACCCUUCAAGUGAAAAAUCUACAGCUCGUUCACAAGUGGCUAAUUUACCAGUUGUGUCAAAUAAGAAAAUUGUUUUUGAUGAAGAAGUCGAAACAGAAAAUAAGGAAAGCCAUAAAGAUUUAGAAUUAUCAGAAGUCAAAGAAGAUAAUGGUGCCGAAAUUGUUUACGAACAAAACUCCAGUGAAAGCGAUGCCAGUGGUUCCAGUGAUAGUGACUAG